CCUGACUGAAACUUGGGCGCUCCUUCAGUCCAGAGGUUGAUGGCAGGACAAAGGGGCACCUGGAACAUGGGGGAUGUGGUAGAGAAGAGUUUGGAAGGGCCCUUGGCCCCUUCUCCAGAUGAGCCCUCCCGAAAAAGGGGCGACUUAGUUGAGAUCUUAAAUGAGGAUAAGGUCAAAUUUGAUGACACAGGACUCUCCUUAAUCCUUCAGAAUGGCCUGGAGACCCUCCGAGUGGAAAACGCUCUCACAGACGUCAUUUUGUGUGUGGACAUCCAGGAAUUUUCCUGCCACCGUGUGGUCCUUGCCGCGGCCAGCAACUAUUUCAGGGCCAUGUUCUGCAAUGAUCUGAAGGAGAAAUAUGAAAAGAGGAUCAUCAUCAAAGGAGUGGACGCGGAGAUCAUGCACAUGCUGCUGGACUACACGUACACCAGCAAGGCGCUCAUCACCAAGCAGAACGUCCAGCGGGUCCUGGAAGCCGCCAACCUCUUCCAGUUCCUGCGGAUGGUAGAUGCCUGUGCCAGCUUCCUCACAGAAGCCUUGAACCCGGAAAACUGUGUUGGGAUACUGAGGCUGGCAGACACACACUCCUUGGACAGUCUAAAGAAGCAAGUUCAAAGUUACAUCAUCCAAAACUUUGUGCAGAUUCUGAGCUCUGAGGAAUUCCUCGAGCUUCCUGUGGACACCCUGUACCACAUCUUGAGGAGUGACGACCUCUACGUGACAGAAGAGGCUCAGGUGUUUGAAACCGUGAUGCACUGGGUCCGCCACAAACAGUCAGAGAGGCUCUGCUUGCUCCCGUAUGUCUUGGAGAAUGUGCGUUUGCCACUUCUGGACCCAUGGUACUUUGUGGAGACAGUGGAAGCCGAUCCUCUCAUCCGACAGUGCCCAGAGGUCUUCCCUCUGCUCCAGGAAGCCAGGAUGUACCACCUUUCUGGCAAUGAGAUCAUUUCGGAGCGCACCAAGCCCAGGAUGCACGAGUUCCAGUCUGAGGUGUUCAUGAUCAUUGGUGGCUGCACGAAGGAUGAACGCUUUGUGGCAGAAGUCACCUGCCUGGACCCCCUGAGGCGCAGCCGUCUGGAGGUGGCCAAGCUCCCGCUGACCGAGCAUGAGCUGGAGAGUGAGAACAAGAAGUGGGUGGAGUUUGCAUGUGUGACAUUGAAAAACGAGGUCUACAUAUCAGGUGGCAAAGAAACACAGCACGAAGUUUGGAAAUAUAAUUCUUCCAUCAACAAAUGGAUUCAAAUUGAGUAUUUAAACAUAGGCCGCUGGCGGCAUAAGAUGGUGGUGUUGGGUGGCAAGGUCUACGUGCUUGGAGGUUUUGACGGCCUACAGCGGCUCAACAACGUGGAGACCUAUGACCCCUUCCACAACUGCUGGUCAGAGGCUGCACCCCUUCUUGUCCAUGUCAGCUCCUUCGCUGCCACCAGCCAUAAGAAGAAACUUUAUGUGAUUGGGGGUGGGCCUAAUGGGAAACUGGCCACAGAUAAGACUCAGUGCUAUGACCCAGCAACCAAUAAGUGGAAUUUAAAGUCGCCCAUGCCAGUGGAGGCGAAGUGCAUAAAUGCAGUGAGCUUUCGGGACCGCAUUUAUGUUGUUGGGGGUGCCAUGAGAGCUCUGUACGCCUACAGCCCCCUGGAGGACAGCUGGUGCCUGGUGACCCAGCUCAGCCACGAGCGGGCCAGCUGCGGCAUCUCACCCUGCAACAACCGGCUCUACAUCACCGGGGGCCGUGACGAGAAGAACGAGGUCAUCGCCACCGUGCUGUGUUGGGACCCCGAGGCCCAGAAACUGACGGAGGAGUGCGUCCUGCCCCGGGGGGUGUCCCACCAUGGCAGCGUCACCAUCAGGAAGUCCUACACCCACAUCCGCAGAAUCGUGCCCGGAGCCCUGUCUGUCUGAGGGGUGAGGAGGGCAGAGGACCCCCACCCCCUCUGCUCUCAGUCACUUCCAGGCCCAUUGCAGGCAGCUGGCUUGGCUUGCAUUUUGAGG